GUAUUUCGCACCAACGCCAGAUACCCGGCCCUCCUCCUCCUCGUCGCCGGCGCCCGGGCCCGCCAUGACAUGCUUCAACGCAAAUUCGCUUCCGGAGCCUGGCCUGCUGCCCUGCAUACCCGGCAUCCGCAUUAGUCCCUGCUGUGCCUCGGGCGACCUUUGCCUGUCCAACGGACUGUGCCUCGACACGGGCAGCGACAAUGGCUUCACCACGCAGGGCUGCACCGAUCAGGACUGGGGCAGCCCGUGUGUGUCCAAUUGCGUACAAUGGGCUCGCGACACGCAAACCCCGUACUACCCGUACCUCGCGUCGUGCAUGGCCUCGGGCAGCAAGACGACCUACUGCUGCGGCCCCGAUUCUAGCUGCUGCAACAAUACCAACGUUGUCUUCUCCCUCCCCAGGUUCACCGACGCCGUCCGCCCGCUAGCAUCGACCACGUCGACAACAUCGAGCGCGAGCUCCUCGACUGCCUCUUCCAGCGGCACCCAGACCACCAACACCGCUUCCACCACUGCUCUUCCCAGCGACAGCAACAACGCCAGCGGCAGCGACAGCAACACCAGUAACGACGACAGCAACAACCACAAGACCGUCCUGGGUCUUGCGAUCGGGUUCGGGAUCUUAGGCUUGCUGCUCAUCCUUAUCGCGGGAGCGCUGCUUUUCCGGCGGUGGCGGAGCGGCCGGGCGUCCGAUACUGCUGAGCUGUCCGCUGCUGCCGACGCCGAUAAGGGUCCGGUGGGGCCGAUCUACGGGCCGGUCCACGGAGGGCCGACCGAGAUGCCGAUCCACUACAUGCCGGCUGAGAUAAUGAGUCACCGCCCGGCCGAGAUGAUGACUUGAUUGAAUUCGAUAGGGCAAGGGGGGUGUAAAAUGUAGAUUGGAGUUGUUCCUGCGGGUAAUUAUAAUAGAAUAAGGCUCUGAAUGCAAAUUAAUCAAUUUCUUUGAUCGGCGCGUGUGUUGAAUUCUUCAUUGCCCGUUUUCUCUUCCCGGCGC